CUCAGUGGUGAGAGGGGAUACUGCGUGAUGACGCGCCACACUGCGCGAGUUACGCAGCUCUCCGUAGCGACGUAAACACGUGCACUUCGCCGCUUCCAGGUUACAUUUUUUUCAUUCCACCGUCAUCCUCGCGCUCUCGCAUCACUCCCUGACAACAGCAGCGAUGGCGGAGCCCGUAGCAUCGGAGGCGGCCACAACGGACGCAGCAGCAUCCCCGACCCCCUCUCCCCUAGCCAGCCCGGUCUCGGAGCCUCUAUCCAUGGCUCUGUCUCCCACGGCAGACGGCUCCCAACGGCUGCUCUUCUCCCACGACCUGGUCUCCGGGCGGUAUCGCAGCACAGUCCGGUUUGGCCUCGUCCGGAUGAUCCACGGCGAGGAGGACUUUAACUCCGACUCGGACCUCGACGAUGGAGGAGGAGGAGGUGUCGACGGAGGAGGACGAGUCCCGUGUGGCUCGGACACUGAGAGCGCUGUGGACACCCCGAGUCGGCCUCUCUGUCAGGGAUUCGUCCGCGUCCAGUGGUACCCCGAAGGAGGGAAGCAGGACAUCAAGGAGACAAAGCUGAAACUUGAAGAUCGAUGCAUCGUCAUUAGAGACAUUGUGCGAAGAAAUAAUUCUAAUGACAACCAGUGUGGUAUCGUGACCAACAUUGACAUCGAGUGUGCAGUGAAACUGGUGGGAACAAACUGUGUUCUGUAUCCAGUUAACGGCAAAGACCUGCAGUACAUCUGGUCUUUUAUGUACGGCGACUACAUCGCCUUUGACUUCUGGCUGGGGAAAGUGUACGACCUGACUAAUCACAUCAUCCUCAAGCUCUCCAACGGUGCCAGGUGCUCCAUGAGUGUGGAGGACGGUGCCAAGCUUUACGACGUCUGUCCACAUGUCAGCGAUUCGGGUCUGUUCUUCGACGAGGCGUAUGGUUUCUACCCAGGCCAGGUCCUGAUCGGUCCGGCCAAAGUCUUCUCUAACGUACAGUGGCUGUCGGGGGUCAAACCUGUCCUCAGCCGGAAGUGCAAGUUCAGGGUGGUGGUAGAGGAGGUGAAAGUGGUCGAACUGAAGGUGACCUGGAUCACGAAGAGCUACUCUCCCAACGGUUCAGAGGGCGUGUGUCCGCCCGCCUCCACCAUCACACAGGAACAUCUCUCCCGGGUGAGGCGUCUAGGAUACUAUGACCACACCCAGAGGCAGCUGGCAGAGAGGGCCCUUUAUGUUUUCCCUGCCAAGGGGGACGCCACGUGCAUCACCUGUGAAGGGCCCGAGGGUGCCCCCGUCCUGCCUGAAGACCCUGUGGCCAGAAAGUUGAAACGGUUGUUCAAGAAGGAUUCGGGGAAGAAGACUGAGAACGCCAACACACAAGGGGAUCACUUAUUAGAGAAGACAGGCUCGUCUCAUCCCAACAACAACGGCUCUGUGGCGCCCAUCCAGAACCUUCCGGACUCCCAGAACACCAUCGACCCCUCGGCUGAACACUGUGAGCAGGACGCUGACGACGAGGCUGCAGAAGACACAGACGAUACCAGCUCUCUGACGUCAUCGGCCAGCUCCACAGCCUCCUCUCAGAGCGGCGGCCUGGGGGUCAACCGCAAGAAGAGUGUCCCGCUUUCCAUCCGUAACCUGAAGCGGAAGCACAAGAAGAAGAGGACCAAGUUUUCCCGCGAGUUCAUGCCCGGAGACCGGGUCGCAGUGGAAGUUGUGUCGACAAAGACCACAGCUAAUGUGAUGUGGAAGGACGGGCGGGUGGAGACGGGGAUCCGAUCAAAUGACCUCAUCCCCAUCCAGCACCUCGACAGCCAUGAGUUUUGUCCCGGGGACUUCGUAGUGGACAAACGACCCCAAGCCCUCCAGGACCCGGGAGUGUACGGUGUGAUCCAGUCUGGUGACCACAAAGGCAGAACUUGUGUCGUCAAGUGGAUCAAACUCAACUCCACCAGCGACGACGUGGAGGUUUUCGGUAUGGAGGAGGAUGUCAGUGUGUACGACAUCGCAGAUCACCCAGACUUCCACUUCCGCACCACCGACAUUGUCAUCAGAAUAUGGAACUCAGAGAUCGAACGCCGCGACUGCGAAACUGAGACGUCCGUUGGCCAGGUGUCCAGGGUGGACGUGAGCAGCAAAGUGGAGGUGGUGUGGGCAGAUAACUCCAUGACCAUCGUCCUGCCACAGCACCUUUACAAUGUGGAGUCUGAGAUCGAGGAGACGUACUACGACUCGGUGGAGGAGACGAGCAGCGUCCUGUCCACCGAGGAGUGGGAGGACGAGAGCGACAGCUGGGAGACGGACAACGGCCUCACCACCGAGGACGACAGCCAUGUCAACAAUGCCGAUGUCGUCGAGCCAUCGACCCCGACCCCCACGGGCUCCGCUGUGUUUAUCAUCCCUCCUAAAGAGGGCAGCAAAGCUGGGGUCACCAGCCCCAUUAAAGGAACCCCUGGAGAAGAGGGAGAAGCCUCGGUGGCUGCUGCUAGCCCUGCUUCUGGAGGAGGAACCACUCCAGGAGCGGUCAAUGGAGCGGAGAAGCCCAGUAAAGACGGGGCCUCUCGGGGCUUCAAGGAGCUGAAGGAGGCCCUGAAGAUCCUGGAGAGCCUGAAGAACAUGACUGUGGAGCAGCUCUGGACCGGCGGUUCUCCAACCUCCCCGACCUCUGCCGAACCCGCCUCCGCAACAAACGUAGCGAGUUCGGUGACGCCCACGGCCCCAGAGAAACCGACGAAGGAGAAGCGCUUCUUGGACGAAAUCAAGAAGCUGCAGGAGAACCUGAGGAAGACGCUGGACAACGUGGCCAUCGUGGAGGAGGAGAAGAUGGAGGCUGUGGUGGAGGCAGGGGGAAGUGGAGGCGCGGGGACAGAGGUAGAGAGAGCUGGAGAGGAAAAGCCUCAGCAGGAGCCGCUGACACCGCUUGGUGGACAAGAGUGGCCCAGUGAGUUUCUCAGCGACACACCAGUACUGUGCCAACGGAGUGGUGGCAAACCCGGCGUCACCUUCACCAGUGCCAGGGGAGAGGUGUUCUCUGUGCUGGAGUGGGCUCCAGACACUCAAUCAUUUAAGAAAAUGGAGUUCCAGCCAGCAGAGGCAAAGAAGUUCUUCAGCACAGUGAGGAAAGAAAUGGCUCUACUUGCCACGUCACUGCCGGACGGCAUCAUGGUCAAAACAUUUGAAGAUCGCAUGGACCUGUUCUCAUCUCUGAUCAAAGGGCCGACUCGUACGCCCUACGAGGACGGUCUCUUCCUGUUUGACAUCCAGCUGCCCAACAUCUACCCAUCUGUGCCGCCUCUGUUUCGCUACCUGUCGCAGUGCAGCGGCCGCCUCAAUCCCAACCUCUACGACAACGGCAAGGUCUGCGUCAGCCUGCUGGGCACCUGGAUCGGCAAGGGCAACGAGAGAUGGACCAGCAAGUCCAGUCUGCUGCAGGUCCUCAUCUCAAUACAAGGCCUUAUCCUCGUCAAUGAGCCGUACUAUAACGAGGCUGGCUUCGACAGUGACCGCGGCCUACAGGAAGGGUAUGAGAACAGCCGCUGCUAUAACGAGAUGGCCCUGAUCAAGAUGGUCCAGUCCAUGACGCUGCUCCUCCAGCACCCCGUGGAGGUCUUCAAGCAGGAGAUCCAGGAGCACUUUGUUUCCAACGGCUGGCGGCUCGUCCACCGUCUGGAUGCGUGGCUUGAGCUGAACGACGGCGCUGAGAGGGCCCAGGCAUCGCACACGUCCUCCAGGGCUCAGCACUCGAGGGACCGACCCUCAUUGGUGGAACCUCUGGACGAGCAGGGGCCCGUGGCGGUGGCUCACAGCAGCCCGAGUAAGCUGACUGGUGAGGAGGGGGUCACAGGAGCAGGAGUGACCAGUAUAAUGGAGGAGGAGCUGGAGGAUUCAGGGCUGAGUCCCUCCACGACGGCGGCCUCUCAGCCGGAGCUGAGCCAGAACUCUGACUGCGACAGCAUCCAGGGGAGCGCCUCUCUGGGUGGCGAAAACCGAGGGGGCUCCAAAGUCGCCGGCUCUGUCGUGCGCAGCGGGGCAUCAGAGUCGGGUUCAGUCGUGGUUAGCGGAGGAGCCACGGGAAGUCAGCCAGUAGUGCGACCAAAGAAACGGAGAAAGAGCUACCGGAGUUUCCUCCCAGAGGGCAGCGGCUACCCGGACAUCGGCUUUCCACUCUUCCCGCUCUCCAAGGGGUUUGUGAAGAGCAUCCGAGGUGUGCUGCUGCAGUACCGAGCUGCGCUGGCCGCCGCCGCCAUCCCUCAGCACACAGAGGACAAUGUCUCUGCAGAUGAGUGUGAUGGAUAAAUUGGGGCUCACCCAUUUGCACAAACCUACGGGAGCUACGCGGUCACACGGGAACCCUCAUCUGUUCAAGGACACAGGUAAACACAGACAUUUUUACUGGAGGCCAUCGCGGACUCUCUCUUGACCUCAGCAAGACUUUGACUUUAGUACAGGUGUUGUGGAUACAAAUUUUAAAAAAGACUGAAUGAGAUGAAGAAUCGGUGCAAUGGACCCCCAUCCGCCCUCCUCAUCCACCUAGCCUCCAGCAGCACUCUGCCAUACUGGUUUGGGAUUUGCUGGAUGAACCACUCAAUCGGCCUGGGUAACGUAAAGCAGACUCGUGAUCGUAGCUGCAUUUGGGACGAGGUCAAAGAUGGCUGAAAAACUGCAGCGCUCCCAGUUGCGGCUACCUGUAGCACUUCAACAAACAAAUGCACAUUCUGGUCUGGGAGAGGGGACGGAUUCUUUUCAAAUAGAAAUCACUGGUUGUACGCUUUCUGCCAAAAUGUUCUGUCAAACACACACACACACACACACACACACACACAAUGUUCAAGUAGAGCGUACUGAAUGUCAGUAAAACUGCCAAACGCAACCGCUUCACCACUUCCUCCACUAUACUGUACUUGCUAGUGUUUUCCUUCGCCAAUCACUCGCACUGAACCACGCAGCCAACACGAGUGACAACGUUUACAUAGGAAUCGCCUCCGGAGGUCGGACUGCUGAGCUGUUUGGUGUUUCGAGAAAGCCAGCCAGGCACAGGACGACAGUCAGGUGGCGCUCUGCUCUCUGUCUAUGCGUGCAUGCUCUGGUCAAAGCUUAACGCGGCUGCCGCCUCCUACAUACAAAAGCUCCAUUCACUUUCUGUAGUAUUUAGCAAAGUUGUUCAACAAAAUGGAACGUGUGCUUUUGGUGUUUUUCAUGCUCAUUAAGUUGUUUUACUCACAGAGGCUGAAGUGUUGGUUUCGGAGCAAAGCUUUACCCACAAUGCUCCACUUUUCUGUGCCGGAGAUGAACCCCCAUCACAUGCGAAUGACACAAUUUAAAGAUUAGCAUAGAAGAAAAAACAACCCACAUACAGCAUCCAUAUCGUCAUUGCGUGUCAACAUGUUGCCUUACUUGAAUUGUUCUUACUAAUCUCAGAUCAUUGUGUUCGGAGCUGCUCGUGUCGUGCUUUAGACAUUGAACUAUACAGGCCGAGACACACACAAACCACUAGAACCCCGAUCCAGUGUUUUCCUCCUUAAUAGUGCAGAUCUCUGAUCAGUUGCCUCUUUUUUCAGUCUUUCACACUGCGGCAAACGCUGUAGAUUUAUUUUCUUCCAAAUUGCACGUGCAGAGUUUGAUAACAGUAGAAUACAAACUACUCUGUGUGAGACUGAAGGUUUGUUGAUAUUAUUAUUAUUUAUUUUUUUCACUGACUUCAGCGUCUAAUCCCACGAAGGCGACUGGCGACCCCACUGACGAGGGGAAAUCUCAUGCAGACGAAACUUAAACUGACAACUCGUCUGCUUUUCUUUGUUCACUCUGGGUGAAAGAAAUCAAGGUUUUCCUCACAAGUUCCCAUGAAACUUUGUCACAGAUUGUGCUGCAAUUUUGUGAAAAAGUGAAACUCCCCUUUGGGUCCAAUUGUGCUUCCUUGGAAACUGAGAGCAGUCUUUGUUUACAUAUUUUUAAAUAACUGCAUCCCGCCUUCAACAUAAUGCUCUUUUUUUUCUUCUUUUCUUCAAGAUAUUAUUAUUAUUAUUAUUAUUAUUAUUAUUAUUAGGUCAGACGAACCCCUUGUGCUUGCUAUCCCCUGUGAAUAAACAAGAGCGCUGGUAUUUUACUUGAACUAAGAACCUCAAUGCUGAAGUGUUUCUGAAUGAGUUCUGUUGUGACGGGAGAAGAUUUGCUGUGUUUUUAAAGCGAGUUGACAAAUGAGGGUGUUUUGUUUUGCUUGGUCUUCCAUCCCCUCGCCCGCGACUCUUGCUGCUGUUUGUUUAAAAAAAAAAGAAGAAGAAAAAAAAAAGAAAGAAGUCCCAGUUCUUGGAGCUUUGUGUCUUCAGUGGUCCGAGGACACAAAGAGUUUGGGCCUCGGUUACGGCUCCUUCGGUUCACACAUUUGUCAUCGGUGGCAGAAAAAACGAAAAAUGUGAAGCUGUCUCGGUAGAUUUCGAAGCAAAUUAUCUGGCAGGAUAUCAAGCACAUGAUGUACAAUUUUCUGUGUGUGUGUGUAUUAUUCAAAUUUAAACCAUUGUUCCUAUUAUUACUGCAAGGAGUUUGUUUUACAGCCAAAGCAUGUAACAUGUUGCUUUAAGCCUUUUGACUGGGCGACACAAGACUUGACUGUACGAUGUCUGCAUUUCCACAGUGGCCUGUUAUUGAUAUACUUAAAAAAAGAAAAAAAACUAAGUUAUGAUUUGUAGCCUGAUUCCCUCUGUACAGAUGUCAUGACUAUAUUGAAAUAUAUAAUUACAUACAGUAUAUAUUUAACACAAACCAGAGUUCUGACAAGUCAAGUGGACGCUUGGAGCAUAUGUGUACAAAAUGCUGAGUAUUGUACUUAUGAUUUUGUUUUCAUUGCAUUAAGACAGCUGUAUGUGUAUUAAACUUUGCAAGCAGUA